AUGGCAGACUCCUGUUUUUCUGGGCCCUGUGUUCCCACAGCCUCAGCCGCCUCAGUCUGCUCCAGUGAUGUGAGUUGUGGCAGCAACAUCUGCCUGCCCAGUUCUGGCAUGGGCUCCUCCUGGCAGCUGGACGACUGCCCAGAGAGCUGUUGUGAACCUGGCUGCUGUGGGCCCUCCUGCUGCCCUGCCCCAUGCUGCACACCAGCCUCCUGCCUGACCCUGGUGUGCCGCCCAGUCUGCUGUGUGCCCGCCACCUGCCAGCCAGUGUGUGCACCCAGCCCCUGCCAGUCUGUGUGCACCUCCUCCUGCUCCCCAGACUGCUGCCAGCAGUCUUGCUGCCAGCCCAUUGCCUGUGGGGCUUCCUCCUGCCAGCAGUCCUGCUCCCCAACCCCUAGUUGUGCUGCCUCUCCCUGUGCAGUGCAGUCCUACUGCUGCCUACCCCUCUGCUGCCAGCCCAGCUGCUGCAUUGCCCUCCCUGUGUGCUGCAAGCCCAGCUGCUGUAUGACCACAGCCUGUGCUCCAGCCUCCUCCUGCUGCCAGCCCAGCUGCUGCCGCCCUGCCUCCUGUGUGUCCCUCCUCUGCAGGCCAGUGUGCAGACCAGCCACCUGCUGUGUGCCUCUCUCCUGCAAACCCUCCUGCUGCACCACCACCUCCUCCUCCUCCUGCUGCUGUGCACCCUCCUGCUGUCCAGCCACCAGCUGCUGCCGCCCUUCCUCUUGUGUGUCCCUCCUCUGCCAGCCCACCUGCUGCAAGCCUGCCUGCUGCACUGCCACCUCUGGCCAAAAAUCCUGCUGCUGAACACAGAGUGGUCUCUCUCCCUCUCUCCCCCCACCCCUUCCCGACUUCAGGGGCCUCUGGGACCCAUCCCCAAACAUCAGCAGGAACAACGGCCAGCAUGCCCCUGAAAGGCUUUGAGCCCACCAGGCCAGAGACAACAGGCUGCUCAGAACACCCCAGGCUCACACCGGGCCUCCUCCAUGACCCCAGACCUGCCUCCUGCUCCCAC